AUGCCCUUCAGAUUCACCAUCCCCAUCAGAGCCCUCAGACGACCCAUCUCUCCUACCAAACAUGCUGUAGUGGCUGACCCAGAUCCCAGUCGCCAGGGUUUUACCCGCGCCAACACAAAGUCCAACCAGAACCUCAAGGCUCAGUACAACAAUGGGCAGGCCCAGUCACCGGUCUCUCAGCAGGCUCCUCCUCUCCCUCAUAUAACAAAUUCUCCCUCCGUCCCCUCUACCUUCAGCGAGCAGAACACCUACGUUGAGCAGCCCAAGAAAUUCUUGGAUGAAAGAUACGCAAAGUGCUCAGUCAAGGGUAACUUCCUCACUUUGGCGGCGCAACCGAAGAAUGUCGAACUCGGUGAAUGGCUGGCACAUCAGUUGGUCGAGAUGAACCGACUCCUUACCGGCAUGAUCCAGGUUAUUCAAGAGGUUGACACAAAUAUUGGGCUCGCUCUCUGCAAUGAGCAGCAAUGUCCCACCAUGUCAGCUGGACGCCUCACUUACACCUGGCUGGAGAACGGACGCCCAGCAAAGAUCCCUGCGCCUCAGUACAUCGUCCGAGUUCAACGCUGGAUCGUGGGCAAGAUUCACGACGAGAAGACCUUCCCAACCGCUCCUCCGAUGCCGAUCGAUCACACCUACAUCUCAGGCGACAUUGGCACACCAGGUCCAGCUACUCAGGUUGGUGCGAUUGCUGCACCUCCCACCAACCUCAAUCAAUCUUUGGCUACGCUCUCUGGUGUUCAGGAUGACUGGGUCGGCAAGACUUCAGGCUUUCCUCAACACUACCAUGCGGAUGUCAAGGCAAUUAUCAAGCAGAUGUUCCGAUGCUAUGCCCAUCUCUAUCACAACCACUUCACCGAUCCAUUCUGGCACCUCGGUCGCUAUACUGAGCUGAACAGCUGCUUCGUUCAUUUCUGCACUGUCGCCAUGUACUACGACCUCAUCAGUAAGAAGGACAUGGAACCCUUGCAGGACUUGAUCGACAUCUUUGUGCGACAAGGCGUCAUCCCCAAGGAAGCAGUUCAGCAGCACGUAUCUUAG